UAUCGUGUCGCGUCGCUUCAACAACGCCACCGUCCUACUUUUCCUAACCUCGCUUUCUCUCGUACACUAGUUUCUUUUUCACAAAUACGCCACGAAUUUACGUGAAAUCGGAGAAUCGCAAAUCCUUUUUUAUCAUUCGAAUACAAUUCAGCCUAUAUUUGUGUGUCUCAAUUUGCAUUCACGUUCAUGUUCGCAUUCGCGUUCACCUUGUACGCAAUUUUUUGUAACUUUUACAGAACUUUCGUGUCUCUGAUUACCGACUAAACGAAACGCUCGAUUCGACUGGCUCGAAUCGACUUGUUCGCCCACUUUGCUUUCUGAACGCGCGCGCGCGGCUACACGAUCGUGGCACGACGAAAAUAAUCGCUUCCUCGAUCGACCGUCGACCACGACCUUGUGCCAUUCCGUCGCGCGACGCGUUACUUUGUACUCAGUGAUACUCAGUUUCCAUCGUUUCGCGAAUAAUCACACAUCUCUGGAUAUAUGUUCAGCGCCCAGAUGCCGACAUCGCCUUAUGUCUCUCGGAUUAAUCAAAUCGACGCUGUUCAACUAGAUGAGGAAAUUUAUAAAGUGCUUAGAAAUCAAGCUAAGAAAAUUAGCAAGUAUCAAUCAAUAGAAAAGAUCGAUCAGUGGCAACCUGAAAUCGAUGCAGUUCUCAAAUACUUUAUAUGGAAUUUCUCGCUGCGGCAUGGAAAAUCAACCUUUGGUCAGCAACUGCUCAAUUUGCAUUACGAAAAUAUUAACAGCGCAAAAUCCGUUCUGUAUUUGAUUUCAAUGAUCGUACCUGCGUAUGUGCGAGAUAAAUUUAAAGACAACAGUAAAAAUCGUAAUUUGAACAUCUUAUUCGAUCGUAUCGAGGAUAUCGUAAAAUUGCUCGAGUUUAUCAACUUGUUGAUCUUUCUGCAUCGAGGGACACAGCCUCGCAUUGUGGAAUAUAUUCUCGGAAUCGUAAACUCUUCUACAACAACUCACAAACCGAGAAAUAUCGGAUAUUCGUAUAUGACAAGAGAAUUACUGUGGCAUAGUUUAAUGGAAUUAUUUACUAUCGGUCUACCUAUGAUUAAUUUCCAUUAUAUAAAGCACACAUUGAAGAAAUUGUUUACACGAUCAAAAUCCGCCAAUUUGUUACGUACUUUUCCAACUAUGAAUUUAUCUACCAAAUGUGCUUAUUGCGCCGAUACUCCUAUUUUACCUGUUCAUGCUGGUUGCCAGCAUAUAUUUUGUUAUUAUUGUUUGAGCGCUCAUUUUACCGCAAUGAGUGAAUUCCAGUGUUUUGAAUGUGGCAUGAGACUCUACAUUGGUGAUAUGAAAGCGUACGAACCGAAUGCAUUAUCUAUUUAACUUUUUGACCCAUAUGUGUACAUACAUAUAUAUAUCUGUAUUUAUAUUACAUACAUUUGUACAAGCAUUGUGUUCCUUUUUUUUUAUUAAAAAUAGCAAUACAAAAUUUUCUUGAUUUGCUUGAUACAACAUUUCAAUUUAUUCGGCGUUUCCUUCGAAACGAAUCGAUAAUGGAUCAGGUAUACAAUACAUAUAUUCGUCGCCUAUCGGAAUAAUUGGAUUAUCGUAUAAAAAUAUCAUGCCGCUUUAUAAUAAAUCGUUUUCCGUUUCGUAAAUCCCGGCAACACGCAUUACGUAUAUCGAUCAUUGAUUUAUCUAUUAUCCUUUUACUUGCUUAAUGGGCGGGGACGUCCUUCUGUUACCUGGCAAUACUUGAAUGAACGCAAACGAAUCAAGUCAUUCAAGAGGAAAAUAAUGGACGAAAAAUUUUAACACACAUUAGAAUUUUUAUUUAUUUUUUUCUUCAUUUUUUCUUUUCUUUUUUUUUUUUUUUUUUUUUUUGAACAUCUCAAUUCGUUUGGAUUCUAACUCUUGUUGGAAUGUUUUUUUUUUUUUUUUUUUUUUUUUCCUUAAACUCUCCAUUCGUUUGGAUUCUAACUCUUGUUGGAAUUUUUUUUUUUUUUUUUUUUUUUUUUUUUCCCUCUUCGAUAAUACGUGCGUUUUGCGAGCAUGCGAUCGCCGUUCCAACGAUUCAAAAAAUUUAUUAAAUUGCACGUAUCAAGGGAUGCUAUAGCCACGCCUAUUUCAUUAUUUCGUCGAUUUAAAAAAAAAUCUCGAGCGCGAUUUUAUCUUGUACGACCUGAGAUAUUUACAUAGAUAUAAAUAAUUCUACCGCAUCCCGCUAAUACUAAGUCUCUGUUAAAUCGUAGUAUCUCUUGACUUUUUUUAUAGGCACUAAUGAAAGCUACAUCAAAUCACAUUGUUAGACAAACGUAUUAUUCUUUCUUUUUUUGGUCGAAAGAAAUACGAGAUCGCAUCGACAAAGUAUACGAGAUAAAACGCGUAACGUUACGAAACGAGUCGGAACGUUGCAUUCCGUUUUAUUCGUUACCUUCCGAUAACACGAUUCCUUUGAAUCAUAUUUCAUUGUUUUUAUCGUUUCAAUGCGGAUUGUGAAAAAAAUAUGACGGUGCAUGAUCAAAUUGCCAUCACGAUAGAUAUAUAAAUAUAUAUAUAUAUAUACAUAUACAUAUAUUUUUUACAAAACAACGCAUCUUAUCAAUAUAUUACGCGUCGCAAAUGCACCAUCUUCGGUAAUAUAUCGACAAUAUUUAUUAUUAUUCUGCGCGUAGAAGCAUGCUCCAGAAAGGCAUGUUCGGUCAGUCGAGUGAUCCUGUUCAAUUUUUUUUUUACAUUAUAUACAUCUUUCGUUCUCUCUUCUUCUUCUUCGUUUCACUUUGUUUUUUUUUUCGUUCGUAUGCAUAGAAAAGAGAAAAAUAAAAGAAAAAAAAAAUUAAAGAAAAUGUCAAUUUAAAGAAAAUGUUUUCCAAGUUUCCAAGCGUACGAGAUAGAUCGAGAAAGAGAGAAAGAGAAAGAGUGAUACGUCAAGAAAAUUGCCAUUUUUAAAGAUGACAGGAAACAGGAUGAACCAUUGGCUUGCAUCGCAAUGUCCGAAUGUUAGGUAUUGUACAUUUCAUUGUCGCCUAUUACCUAUCAUCGUUUCCUUUUUUUUCAUCUUUUCUUCUUUUUCUUCUUUUCUUUCUUUUUAAUUCUAAUUUUUCGCGACAAUUAAUUAACCGGCUGAAUCGCGCAAAAUCAAAAUCAAUUCCCAUACAUACAUACGUACGUCCAUACAUAUGUGUGUAUGCGUGUGUGUAAAUAUACAUAUAUACAUUAUAUAACUUUUUUUUCUGUAGAUAGGAACAUCGACGAAUAGUUUAACGCAUUUAUUUGAGAAAUAGCAUUGAUCGAUCGAUUUUAAGAAUUUCGAAAAACAAAAUGAAAAAAAAAAAAAUACAAAGAAAACAAUUAUAAACUCGCGCCAAUAAAUUUUGGAUCAUCGAUCAAGUUUUCUCUGAGAAACGACGAUCGAUGUUACGAUCAAACGCUCUAUCACGUUUCAUCGCUAUCGCAAAAACAAAAACGAUAAUUCUUCGUUACGAAGGCAUAACAAAUUGCAAUUUUCAUUAUUCGAUCAUUAUAACGAUCGGACAAGGAAAAUCGAAUUUGGACCGAAUGUGUUUUCGUUUAUCAAUGAAACAGUUUACAAUACAUACAUUAGAAACGAGAACGACGAUUGGACACAGUCUCACUUACACGCGCAUGCGCAUAUAUAUUUGCACGAAUGAAGAACACGUAACGUCUAUUUCUUUUCUAAUAUUUCGAUAAUUUUCAAGCAUAAAAAAAUACCAAAAGAAAAUAAUUUAUGCUUAAAUAAUUGUGAAUUCUUAUUGUGAAUUUUUAUUCACAAUAGACUCAGUCAAAAACUUUUAACGGUAAAAUUGCUCUUUCUCGAUAAAUUUUGCUGAGGCGAUGUAUCCAGUUAUUCGACAAACAAGAUGUAACUUUUAUCGCUGGCCGCCAUCGACAAAUCGAUUACCUAAAUUGCGAGUGGAUAUUCCUACAUUUUUGUGAUGAGCAAAGAACGAAUUCAUAGCCGAACAGUUCAUAUAUUGACAGAAAAAAAAGAUAUAAAAUAUUAAUAAUUUACGUAGAGCGAAUAAUUUUAUCUUCGUAAAAUAAUUAUUGUAUAAUGACGUAAUAAUAUAUGAACCAGAACAUGAAUAUGCAGCUUUAUGCGACAAAAAAUAUCGUUCCUCGAAUAUUUAUCGAGUACGUACAUGCUAGGAAAGGAAAAAAGAAAAAAAAAAUAAAUAAAAGAAGAAAGAGAAAAGAAAUUACGACGACCGAUUAUCGAAGAUUAUUUAGCUGCAAAUUUGUUCGGCAGGCAAAUUUUAUAUAAAUUAAUGUUACAAUUAAACUCGAAUCAGGAUAUUUUUGAUAUUUCAAAGAAAAACUUUUCUCUAUAUAUUAAAGAUACUCGAUUCGAAAUAUUCCCCAGACGUUUCGUUAACCGCCUCCUUCGAUUCGCUUCGUGGAAGAAUCAUUUGCAAUAACUCGACGUGCAUUCGUCGUCUUUCGCGAGUGAAUAAUAAAUACUUUAUUACAAUGUAAAACUCGAAAACGCGGCUGCUGCGAGGAAAGCUGCUUACACUCCGCGUUUUGCCGAAUUUCGAGCUUAGUCGAGAUUAAAUAUUUUAACAUUACUUAAAGCGAAAGACCGCCGAACGUACGGGACAUCCCUCGCCCAUCGCGCGUAAACAAUAGUUUCGAAGUCUUACUUUUUUUCUUUUUCUUUUUUUUUCUUUUUUUCUUUUUUUUUUUUUUUUUUUUUUACGCACUUCGUUGUACUAAUUUAACCGUUAUCACUAAUUCAUACCGUACGCCUAUCAUUCAGUCGUAUCACGAACUUUUCACCGUUUUACACAAAAACACAUACGAUACAACGCGUCGAAACGACACAACAAGUCGGAGCAUCGCGUUCCACGCUCCGUUUACAAAAAAAAUACGAUACGAAAAAAAUCAUCGAUUCGUCGAAUAUAUAUCGCGCGACCACGAUAGAAAGACCAUUAGCAUAACAUAAAAAAAAAGCUAACGAAACGAAAGUAGCAACGAGUUCCUUAACCUAAGACACCUUCUGACCGCGUGAAUCGAGGAUUCUAUGGAGGG